UUUGAUAAAAAGAUUUGGACUCACACGUGUCGUGCUCCCCGUGGUGUCGAACGCCAUCGGUUCUCUUCCUCUUAUCGCCCUCUCAAAGCUCUCACCUUUCCCAUCCCUACAACCUAGGUCGGAACUUUCCCUCGUCCGAUCCCCCUCUUCGUCUUCCCCGCUCUCUCUCUCUCUCUCCACAUUUCUUUUUUCUUCUCAUAUGCGCCACUAUAGCAAGUUUCUGCUCAGAUUCAAUUUGGAUUUUCAAAAAGAUUGCAUAUUUUAAGUCCUCUAAACCUUAUUUUGAGCCUGAAAAGGGACAACAACAAUGUCCCAAGCAGCGGAGCAACCCACCUCUACUUCCAAUGAGGGAACCUCUGAGAAGAGCUGUGUUCCUAAGCUUCAUAUGGUUUUCGAGAGCGAUGAGAAGGCCUACCAGUUCUACUGCUUCUAUGCUAGAGAGAUGGGUUUUGGUGUCAGGAAGCAUUUGGUAAAGCGUCGCUCUAAUGGAACAGUGUAUGCGAGAACGUUUUGUUGUUACAAGGAAGGAUUUUGCAGGACCUUGAAGGAAGGGAAGAAGCCGCGGCCAGACGCAAGAACUGGCUGUGGUGCACAUAUUGGUGUUCGGCUUAUGGAUGAUGGUAAAUUUCAUGUUACUGAGUUUGAGGCAGAGCAUAACCAUGAGCUGGUAGAAAAGGUCCCAGAAUUUCAAUUGGAAUCAAGUAAUGAAUUGGUAGUGGAUGGUAAAAUUCGCAAGAGAAUUUUCCGUGGGAAGCUUGCAGGAAGGCUUGUUCACAAGAGUUAUAUUCCUUCUAAUUGUUUGAGCAAUCCGGUGCCUUUGGAAAAUGUUGAUAACGAGGAUUGGGUGCCCAAAGUUGAUAUCGAAUUUGAGGAUGAUGAGGAGGCAUAUGAGUUUUAUAUAAAUUAUGCAGCUAGAAUAGGAUUUAGUGUCAGAAAGCAUCUGGUGAAACGAAGGACUUCAGGCAUUGUGUAUUCAAGAACAUAUGUUUGUCAUAAAGAGGGUCAAAGCAGAAAAACUAAUGAGCUGAAGAGAGAUCAACAGCUUGUAAGGGGUCCCAAGCCAUAUGAAAGGACAGGUUGUGCUGCAUCCAUGACCAUUAAGAUUAUGAAAAAUGGUAGAUAUCGUGUUACUGAGUUUGAGUUAAAGCAUAACCAUCCACUGGUAAUUCCCUCGAAAGCCCACUUGUUCAGGUGGCGAUGGCGGAGGGGUUUAGUUGGGCCACCAGUUGAUUUUAUUGCUUUGGGGAAUAUCCAAGAGAAUGCAUUAGAAUUAUCUGAUAACAAGAAUGAAGCACCUGAAAGUAAUGAGAGUCCAACUUUUCUGUCUACCAGGUACAAGAAUAAUGAACCAUCGAAGCAUUUGGCUGAGAUGCUUCCAGGGGAUGUUGGAGCUGUAAUGCAAUAUGCGCAGGAAAAGCAAGCUGAAGACCCAUCCUUCUAUUAUGCUUUGCAUUUGAAUCAGAAUGAAAAAUUAGCAAGCAUCUUCUGGGCCGAUGCGAAGUCCAUGGUUGAUUUCGAGUGCUUUGGUGAUGUACUGUGCCUCGACACAACAUACAGAUCAAGAGACUAUGGCAGGCCAUUUGCGCCUUUUGUUGGAGUGAACAAUCAUAAGCAAAUAAUUAUUUUUGGUGCAGCAUUGCUAUAUGGCGACUCCGAAGAUUCUUUCAAGUGGCUAUUUAAAACGUUCGAAACUGCAAUGUCUGGGAAACAACCAAAUGUAGUCCUCACAGACCGGUGUGAAGCCAUGAGCAAUGCAGUAGCUGCUGUCUGGCCAGAUACAACUCAUCGUAUUUGCGUGUGGCAUAUCCAUAAUGAUGCCUUGAAGCAUCUAAAUUUUGUCUUUCAAGGCUCAACAACAUUUGCAAAGGAUUUCAGCCGAUGUAUGUAUGAUAUAGAGGAUGAAGAGGAUUUUGUGUUGGAAUGGACGAGCUUAAUAGAUAAGUAUGAUCUUGGCAGUAAUUCUUGGCUGACUAAGUUAUUUGAAGACAGGGAGAAGUGGUCUUUGGCAUAUGGGCGCCAAGCAUUUUAUGCUGAUAUAAGAAGUUCUCUUGUUAGGGAAAGCAUUAGCCACAAACUAAAAGUGCACUUGGGUUUGGAGUGUAAACUGUUGGACUUCUUCAAGCAUUAUGAGAGUGAAUUGAAUGAGAGACGCUAUGUUGAACUGCAAGCUGAUUUCCAUGCUUGUCACAGUUAUGGAAAGAUGCCUGCUUCAAAAAUGUUGAGGCAAGCUGCUAAUGCAUACACUCCUGCAGUGUUUAAGAUAUUCCAAAUUGAGUUUGAGUUGUCGAUGGAUUUGAUGGUAUACAAUUGUGACAAUGAUCAGGCUACAUACAUGUACAAAGUUAAAGCAGAGAACUGCUCAAAAGAGUAUAUUGUAAGAUUUGACACAGCAGGUAAUACCAUUAUCUGCAGUUGCAGAAAAUUUGAUUUUAUGGGGAUUCAAUGCCGUCAUGUUCUGAAAGUACUAGAUAUCAUAAAUAUAAAGGAGCUUCCUCCACAAUAUAUAUUGAAAAGGUGGAGAAAGGAUGCUAAGAGCGUGAAUCUAAGAAGCAUUCAUGAAAUAGAAGUUGAUAAUGAAAAUAAAUCUGCACUAGGAAAGUGCUGUAGCAGUUUGCGUUACAUAUGUAAUAGGUUUGCAGCAAGAGCUGCAGAAACUGAGGAAUCGUGUGCAUUUAUUGAAACUCUAUCAAAUGAGCUCAUGGAUGAAGUAUGCAAGAUUUUAAAAAGAACUCUCCCUGAACGGCCUUAAAGCUAGUUAGGUCAGUUUGAAGCAUUUUUCAAGACAAUUUCAUACUUUCCUAUUAUUGUUUUUUUUUUAAAUUCUGGUAUCACUUCGAUGUAGAUCAAUUAGUCAAAGUUCUAUUAUCAUUUCUUUUUUUUAUUCUUUUGAAAAGCUUGCUUUUUUAAUUGAAACGUUGGUAGUACUAAUCAACUAGUCCAAGUGGCCUCGAUUUAGAUGUCAGUCAAUUGAGUUUAAGAGAGAUUACUGGAUGGUUGGCCCAAUAGUUCCGAUGAAGACCUUUGGAGCUGAUAGAUUAAAGGAUUCAUUCGGUCUAUUGGCUUGCUUAUAAGGAUAACCAUUUUAUCUAUAUUGAAUGGUGCUAAGCCGCAUCCUUCUAUAACAAAAAGUAUGGUGUCUUCUACUCAGGGUGUAGCUAGCUUGAUAGAAUCAUAGUUAAUUAAAAUUAUACCAAAUUUUAUUUUAUUUUUAAACCUGCAAGUUAAUCUAGAAAAGAACAUCCUAUCAGUAAAGGCUAUUGGUUCUAGGUUCCAAUCCUGUUGAGAUGGGCUAUGAUUUAUGUCUCUGUUCCUUAUUUUAGUUUUAUUAUCUUGAUAAAUAUAGCUAGGGUGAUUUUAUACUAGCUUUAUGCUUUGGUAACUCCAUUGGUAUGGAAUAGCAGUAUACAACAAUGUUACAGGGAAUGAAAACUGCACUUUUCAUUGAGAAGGCUUGCCAUACUAACCAAGGCAUAAACAACAACAAUAACAGCACCAAUAACAUGAAGCCUUUAUCCCCCCACUACGUGUUGUUGACUACAUGAAUCUUUUUUCUGCACUGUCUCUUAUUAAGAGUCAAAUUCUUAUUUAAGUAUAAUAAAAAUGGUCAUUUCUAAUACUUUCUAAUAAAAUCUUUUUAGGCUUACCUCUAUCUUU